GUUAGACAGAAUUGCCAAGUUUUUAUUUAUAUUAAUCUCAAAUUAGCUACAAGUGAUAAUUUGAAAUUUUACAGAUCUGCUAAUGGUGUAGUUUUGAGUCCGGGAAAUGAAAAUGGUUUUAUUUUGCCAAAAUAUUUCAUAAAAGUUCUGGACAGGAGUUUAAGAAAUUUGAUUUAAAUCAGAAUAAGAAGGCGUUACGAAUAUUUGACCAACUUAGGUUAUAUUGACCAUACAGUAAAUCCUAUCCUUUUCAAUAUGCAGAAAAUCCAAAAAGCAUUGUCAAACGCUAUCGAAAAUUUUAUACCAGAAAUAAGUAACAGUAAACCAUUUGCUUGUAUGGUAUGUAAAAUAACUUUUCAUUCAAGAGCAGCUCUUCAACAGCAUUUGCUUAGCGUCGAACAUACCCAAUUGUUGAAGUUGAAAAAGAUGAAACCACUCAUCAUUGGACAAAUUAGCGGGGUUUUUGUAACAGGGUUUUCCAGUUCAUGCAGAUCCGAUCUUUUACUCUCAUACUUUUCAAGGUUUGGAACUAUAGUUUGGAUUUGCCGUAAGAAUUUUUUGAUGGUGGAAUAUGCUGAACAAAAAUCUGUAGAGAAAAUAUUAAGGUUAACUCAGCAUUUUGUUAAUGGCGAAAAAUUGUUUGUUAAGGAAAGAGAAUCGUCACCCCAAGAUAGAGCAAAUGUACAGCCAACUUUGGAGUCCCAACCGUUUAUGGAGCGUUUAAAAACGACAGACGGUAUAUCGGAGCAAGUUGCAGCGCUAAUUGCUCACGUACAAGGUGAUCAAUCGUAUAACUUUACACCUCCACACGGAGUCAUAUGUAGAGAUCUUUACGAAGUAAUAAGAUAUAGUUAUCCACGUUGCCAACUUCACCCUUUUGGAUCUUCGAUUACAGGGCUCCAUUUUUGGACCAGUGAUGUAGAUGUGUACAUAUCUGGAAUACGACGUGGUAACACAGAUGAAAAGAAGUUGUUGUAUAUUUUAAAGGGCAUUUUAAGUCGUUCUGAUAGAUUUACGAAUCUAUUUGUGAUAGGACAGGCCAAAAUCCCUAUAUUAAAAUGUGUACAUGUACCGACGAAUACUUCUUGUGACAUUAAUGUAAGGAAUAUGCUAGGGGUGUGUAAUAGUCGCUUGAUAAGAUACUAUCAAGAUGUGGACUAUAAAAUCAAAGAGAUGAUGAUAAUCAUUAAGUAUUGGGCUAAAAUCCAUAAACUUACAGGAGCAAACACUUUGUUUACAAAUUAUUCAUUGUGCAUGAUGAUAAUUUUUUUGUUUCAAGGGAAACCGUAUGAACUUCCGUCCGUGGAGUAUUUACAGCAGGAACGUGAGGAUGCUAAUAUACAAGAUGGUUGGAAUGGUGGUUUUAGGAAGGUACCAGUUAUUUCAUCACAUCUGCAUAAUUCAUCAUUACUUGAUUUGCUUGCCAAUUUUUUCUCAUUUUACGCCGAUUUUGACUACGGAACAUACGUUAUUUGCCCGUACCUUGGGCAGCCUUUAAAGAAAACAGAUUUUAGAGAACCAGAUAGUCUGCCAGAUGUAUUUACAGUAUAUAAAAGGGUCGUAAAAAGUAAAGAAAUUACGCCAUUAAAAGUAGAAUCCGUGAUUUGUAUCCAGGAUCCUUUUGAACAAAUAAGAAACGUAACUUCAGCUAUAUCUCUAAAGGUCUUACAGAAUUUUGUCAAUUUGUGUACAUACGGAAAGCAAAUGGUUGAGCAGGAGAAACAAUUCUUGUUUAAACUGUUUUAUUCAGACCCACCUAACUUGGAAAGGGAAGCAGUGGUACAAAAUGACGUUAUUAAAUUUAGUAUUCAAAUGUCCCCACAUUUUAAUUACUUGAGUAAGCAAGUUGACGAAGAUGUCGCCGAUAAAACUGCUGUUAUAAAGGAGGCUUGGUUUAAUUCUGUUAAAGAAUUCAUGAUAACAGUACUUAAAUGUUUUUUACGAAUCUCUGUAGAAGAAAUCAAUCAUUCAGGUGGUAAAGUACGAAAACUUAAUCAUACCAGCGACGUCUCUAACGACGCACAAAUAGCUCAUUUUAGAUGUUCCGCGAAGUUAGCUUAUUGGCCAAAUAGAAAACGUUCUCUCGGUAACAAAGACGUUAAAUCACUCAUCGAACGAGAAAAAGCGAUUACUGCAGAAAUGGACUCGCUUUUUAAGGACAUUACACCUCUAGUGAACAUAUUGGAGUUUGAUCUUUUCCUCGAGAAGCGGAUAGAUCCGGCACAAGUAUUAAUUAACUUGAUCAAAAUAAAUUCAUACAAAAAAACUUUUAAGGGUUUUGGGCAUUUUAUCAGUAAUCAUUUCGGCAAUUGGUUUGAAGAAUAUGAAAGGGAAUUGAAUAGUGCCAGCUAAUAGGUUACAAAAAUAUAUGGGUAUAUUAAAACUAAAACUAUUGUUGUAUGUUCACAUAUUCAACAUCACAAAUUAAUGCCCCCAAUGAUAUUUUAAAGCGAUAUUUUUUGCUGAUCAUCUUUUCUGCCCCCAAAAAAAACACAGAAUCUGCAGACAUAUACUUUUCGAGAAAAACGAAAUUAAUUUUAGAAGUUUCGUCGUUUUUUUCCUUUUGGAAGUCGUCCGUGCGUGCACCCAUGUCGCACUGCAGCCUUUUGGUUUAUUGUGUUUUCUUCCAUUUGUUCUCAUGACACCCAAUCCAAUAUAGUAGUGCCCUUCACUAGCCUGUAAAGUUCUAUUGGGUUAGUGCCAUAUACUUUCGGAAUUGGUCUGCAGUCUCCAUAAUAUAUUGCUUGUCUCUUACGACCCAGAGCCUCACAAUCGCACAAUAUAAGUCUGACUGUCUCGGUUUCUCUAUUUGGAUAGUCUGCAACUGAGAUCUCCAUUGUAUAGUCUUAUCGUGUAUAGGUAUCAUUUCACUGGAAACCUUACUUUACUUAGGAAACCUGUAGUGAUAUUGAGCUGAUUCCUGUUCAUUUUGAGCAGUUCUUUAGCUCCUUUUGCGCAUGUCUGAGGUAUAAAUCUCUUCGCAUUCUUUUGCGUGGGAAUUUCUUCCUUCUUUGUGUUUUCUUCGUAUCCAGUCUCUUAAUCGGUCUCUGACUGUGCUUUUUGGCCCUCUCAGUGCUGGUUCUGGAUCGAAGUAUCUUGUUGCUGAUUCUUAUUCAGUUCGUCAGCUUUCUUAUUGCCAGCGAUCCCGUGAUGCCCAGGAACCCAAAUGAGUUUUACCUUAUUAUGUUCCGUCAGAGUAUCAAGUUCUUCGCGGCAUUCCCUUACAAGCCUUGAGGUCAUCCUUGGGUUCUUUAAAGCCCUCAAGGCCUCUUGGCUGUCUGAACAGCUAUUGAUUCUCUUAUUAGUAUAAUCUAUUUAUCCGUGCACAGUGCAGGAUUGCAUAUACCUCUGCCUGAAAUACAGAGGUAUAUUCUCCUAGUGGGAUGGAACCGAUAAGGUACAAUUCCGACAACGGCAGUUGCAACUGCAGAAGGCAAACGGUUGCAGUUGCAGUUUUGUUGCCGCGGCAGCAUUUACUGUUAUAUUGAUUCCGAGGUCAGCAGCAUCGACUUUAAAUUGGUGCUUGCUGCACUGUCUGAUUGAACUGAAAUAAUGAUGCGGCUGUAGUUUCGUGUUGCAACGAAAUUGAAAAUGGAUAUUCAUUUUUGAUUUACAUGUUUACUCCAAUUGGAGUACGAAGGGAAGCAUUCUCGUUGGAACUUUACCGCGAUGAGCAGAUGGGACGUGAAUUACAAAUUUUAAAAUUCCCUCAUCUUCCUUAGUCUCAGCAUCCGUUAUGGCUUGCAAAUUGUAGAAGCCUCGGAGGUGUUACCAGAGAAGGUUCCCAUUCUUUUCAGUUUGGUAGGAUGUAGAAUAACAUUUUUGGAUGUUGUUUUAUGUGCUAUUAGAUUGAAAACUUAGUUUUUUGAUAGCAGUUGCCGCUAGGGCAUCCCUGCCAUUUCGUUCGUUGCAAACUGUGACUGCAUGCCGGGGUUUGUCCUGGUUGGGUCAGAGAGAGCAGCAUAUGUACCUCCUGAUGAGAGACUAAUAGGUUUCGAAACCGGUAGAGGUGCUUGCUGCACUGUCUGAUUGAACUGAAAUAAUGAUGCGGCUGUAGUUUCGUGUUGCAACGAAAUUGAAAAUGAUAUUCAUUUUUGAUUUACAUGUUUACUCCGAUUGGAGUACGAAGGGAACCAUUCUCGUUGGAACUUUACCGCGCUGAGCAGAUGGGACGUGAAUUAUAAAUUGUAAAAUUCCUUCAUCUUCCUUAGUCUCAGCAUCCGUUAUGGCUUGCAAAUUGUAGAAGCCUCGGAGGUGUUACCAGAGAAGGUUCCCAUUGUUUUCAGUCUGGUAGGAUAUAGAGUAACAUUUUUGGAUGUUGGUUUAUGUGCUAUUAGAUUGAAAACUUUGUUUUUUGUUAACAGAUACAUUUGUCGGGGACCUAGAUGUGGAAGAAGCGUUGUUCUCUACUGCCGGUUUUUCGAAUUUUGCCAGAACUUGAAAGAGCUCCUGUUUUGCUUUUAUUUGAAGCACUUUUGUUGCAAGUUUUCUUAAAACCUGUUCAGUAUGGUUGGCAAAAGAUUUAAAUUAAUCACAACUUUGCGAUGGAUUUUUUAUUACCCAAAGGCGUAAAUUCUCUUGUUCUCUCAUAAAAGGUAGAAUAUCUUUACUAUUUCGACGACGUUUUUUUACUGCCGAGUUGCUGGUCAGCUUUGAUAGAAGAAGUACGUAAAUAACUCUCAGUACUCAUGCUAGCAUUAGCUUGUUGGAUAUUAUAUUCAGAAUGCGUGACAGGAGCCUCUUGUGCGCUGUCCUGUGGUGAGUUGCACGUUAUAGUCCAGAGAAAUAAGAUUUUUCUCGUGACACAUCCCCUCCAGGCUGUAACCAAAUUUUUUGAGUAGUAUGGACAUCUAUAUUAAUAACCUAUUGGGACCGUGCAAGUUCGGCAAAGCGACACCUGGUUUCUAUGCUCAGCAACAUUAUUCGCCCUUUUAACUAUAUUGGCCAAUUAUAUUAGUCCUGGUUACUGGAUAAUUGUCAAGGCCAUAGUCCAAAAAAUAAUAAGAAGAAAAAAUAAGAUUCAGGUUAUGUUAUUAAAACGUAAACAAUUGUACAGUCAGAAAAAUGAAAGAAUACCCAUGAACGAACAUAUAAAACAUAACAUAAGUACAUGUAACAAUAAUUAUUAAAUGUACUUGCGCUGGACAAUUUUUUGUGUGACACGGCGACAGGAAAAUACAGUUUUAUAUGUUCGUUCAUGAGUAUUCUUUCAUUUUUCCUACUGUAUGUAGUAAAUAAAAUUAGUUAUUAAAAUGCAGUAAUACAAGCAAAAUACAAUUAAUUAAAUUUACCUUUAUAUAAUAAUUGCAUAUCAUAUCAAUAUUGUGGAGCAAUAUAUAAUUUUUCUUCUUCUUUGACAGUAGAUAUGAAAUAUACGUCAAUUUGACAAUUUUAAUUGACAAUAAAUUAUUUAAGAAAGUUGCAAUAUUUCUCCGCUAUUCUCGCACGAUCGUUUCUAAUAUCCCCUCCAACUACUUGCACACCGCGAAUAUGUUUCCUGCAGCCGAUUUUGAUGAUAUACAUAGUUAUAAACAAAUGAAGAUCAAAAAACGGUAAAUUUUCGCUUUUUUCGUCUAUUACUAAAAAGUGAAGCAUUCUAAACAAAUUUGAGAAUAAUAAACUUAUAAAUCAUAUAAACAACUUCAAUAUGGCGUUCGCUGAAUAAGUCUAUCCUUAUUUGUUGCUUGGAAAAUUGCAAAAUAAGUCAUAAAUUUUGAGAUUAAUUUUAUAAAUGUAUAAAAAAUGUAUGUAAAAAUUAAGUUGGAACCUUCUUAUUACACGGAAUUCUGAGACUUCUUGUGCUUAAAUUAUUAUAUUUUAAAUUUUUAUAAAAAUUUUUAUACAAACAAUUUAAAAGUUGUUUAACUUGUUUAUCCCAAAUUCAUUUUUUUUGCAACACAAUAAGUCAGAAAAGUAUGAGGUUACAGUAAUACUUCGGACAGUUUAUGAAAGAAAACAUUCAUACUAUUAACUUAAUUUAAAAAAAUGACAAAAAGUAAUUUUAAACAGUGUAAAAUUAUUUUGCAAAAACGUCAAUUUUUUGCUUACUAUAAACAAUUAGAAAGACUGAAAUUUUAUAUACAUUUAGAAAGAAAAACAAUUGUCCUAGGACAAUUAGGGACGAAGUUAGCCCCCCGUUUUUUUAAUUCACAUGUUCUUGCAAAAUAAUUUUGCAAUAUUUAGAAUUAUUUUUGUCAUUUUUUUUUUAAUUAAAUUAAUAGUGUAAAUCUUCUUCUUUCAUAAAUUAUCCAAAGUAUUACUGUAACUUCACCAUUUUCUGACUUAUAGUGUUGCAAAAAAAAUUAAUUUGGGAUAAACAAAUUAAAUAACUUUUAAACUAUUUGACCAAUUGCUUUGAAAUUUAGGAUAUGAUUUAAGCAACAGAAGUCUCAGUAUUUCGUGUAAUAAGAAGGUCCUAAGUUAAUUUUUACGUAAGUUAUGAAUAUUUAUAAAAACUCAAAAAUUUAUGAUUUAUUUUGUAAUUUUCUAAACAAUCAAUACGGAUAGACAUAUUCAGCGAACGCCACAUUGAAGUUUUUUAUACGAUUUAUGAGUUUCUGACUCUUAAAUUUGUUUAAAAUGCUUAACUUUUUGGUAAUAGACGAAAAAAACGAAAAUUUACCGUUUUUUGAUUUUCAUUUGUUUAUAACUAUGUAUGUCAUCAAAAUCGGCUGCAGAAAACAUAUAGGUUAUUAUUAUAGAUGUCCAUACUACUCAAAAAAUUUGGUUUCGGCCUGGAGGGGGUUGUGUCACCAACAGGAUAUUUUUACCCUUAUUUCUCUGAACUAUUAUCCUUCCAAACAAUUUCUUUCAUAUGUGAAUUUUUACAAUUCGCAUUUUUGCAUUCGAAUAAACAUGGAUAGACACUGUAUGAAUAAAAUAAUCAGAUUAUUCUUUUGUCAACACCUCCAUGUCGUCCAACUUAACGACGGCACUAACGGCAGUUGCAGUCAGAUGUCGGAAUCAGUCUCAUACAAAUUAAUAGUGCAAAAUAGUGACGUCUGUCACUGCGUCAACUGCAACUGCCGUCUGUUUUUCUAAAUGCUCACUCAUGUCCAAAAGUCUUUUUCUCCUAAAUACAAAAGUAAUGUCAUUCUGUCUACAGCACUUGAGAAUGGUGUUUUUGUGCCUUUGUGAGGUCUGCUGGUACUUUACCAUGAAGAUUUUCUAUAUUCGUUUUUGUCCACGUAGUAAUACCAAAUGAAUAACUAAGUGCGGGACAUGCGUAAAUGUUUUGUAUUUAGUUGAUUCUUAUUAUUAUAAUGUGUGUAUAUACAGUGUGUUCCAACGAAUAUUUGACCUCCGCCCCAGAAACUUAGAAACCAAGAGUUUCUUCACAGUUAAAAAAAAACACGUCAAUUAGUAUUGAAAGGGGGACGAAUUUUCAUGCAAAAUUCAUUGCCUCAAAUGUAACUACCUACUUCCCUUCAUCAACCCCCAGUUUUUUUUAAAUAGCCAUUUAUAAUAAAUCUUAUAAGCAUGUCACUUGCUUCCAUACAGCCAUGAUGUGAACUUGUCAGAUUGAGCUCAUUGGUACCUCGGGCGUAAAACAUUGGAUAUUUUAUACAUCCAUGUUAUAAAUCACAUCUUCUUCAUAUGUCCGUUUGACGGAUCAAUUAUAAAGGGUUUAUACCCAAAUAUUUUUACUUUGGUGGUUAGCAUGUAGAUUCUAAGAUUCCACUGAUGAUGAUCGUCAACCGAUCGAAAACUAGUUAUGUCUUUGAUGUAGCCCUGUACAGGGAUUUUAACAAAUAUACCUUUUAUAAAGGAUUUUAUGUUUUUUUUUUAAUUUUGAAAAAGGUCUUAGUUUCUUGCGGGGGGGGGGGGGGGUCAAUUUUUUUUAAACCUAUAUGUCAAAUUAAUUGUAUUAUUUUUGUAGUAUUUAUAUUUGUCGAGUGUUAAGAAAAAGUAUUUUACUUAAGUGUGAACCUUGCCGGACAACCUAGCGGAGUAUUGACAAUACUCGGCUCUUAAGUCAGACGUCUUAGUUAUAUUCAUGUAAAAACCUAAAAAGGACUGUAUUUUACAAUUUUUAAUGAAUUGAACAAACACUGCCUGAACUACAAUGACAAAGCAACUGUUUUAUUUUUCGUAACCAAAUAAAUCAAACAAUAAAAAAAGUUUCUAAUA